AUAAUUGAAGUGACUCGUCUUCGAAUCUACUUUGGUUGGAGUUCGAAAAAGGAAUAAAAAUAAAGUAAAUUCAAGGAAGAGCUUUCUUUUUUUUUUUUUUUAACAGCCCCUUGGCAGGUCGUGGAAUGCUUUUGUUCUCCUCUUAUUCCAUAUGGAAUACAAUCAGUUAAAAUAAGAAGGAAUAGGGGAAUAUUCGAUCGUUCACUCCAAAAAGAGGGUCCUAUUGAAAAAGAAAUUAUCCAAAAUAGAAAGAAGUUUUUUUUUCAAAUUCAAUUGUUUAUUUAUCUCUUAUUCAAAAAUUUCCCUGAAAAUUGAAUUUCUUUUUUUCAUUCAAUGGGGUUAGAUGAUCUAGUUCUUAAUAUUAUUACUUUACUCAAUUGACAAAUUCCACAACAAAUCUCUUGAUUCGGAAUUAGGGACUCAUGUAUCAUCUGAUGAAUCCACUUUCUUUUACACUUCUGUAUCUUACUCUAUCUUGUUUUUUAGUAUUAUCUAAAAUAACUGAUGAAUUAUGAAUUUUCCAUAACUUAGGUAAAUGCUUUACCAACAUAUGUAGUGUAGUAAAAAAAAAUAAAUGGAAUUUAACUCUUUCAUGCUUACUUUAACUAGUUAUUUUGGUUUUCUACUGGCUGCUUUAACUAUAACCCCAGCUCUAUUUAUUGGCUUGAACAAGAUACGCCUUAUUUGAAUUGACUGAAUAAUUAUAAUUCAGAAAAGAAAAAUCUUUCUUUGGGAUUCCUGGCAUUCUACGACUCUUUUCCAGACUAAUUAGGAAUUCUUUUCUUGGUCAUUGAGAUUCGUGGAUAAUUUAGAGUACUAUUUAGGGAUAGAUCGUACCUCUUUUUUUAUCCCCUCGAACAAAUCGAAAUGAUUGAAGUUUUUCUAUUUGGAAUCGUCUUAGGCCUAAUUCCUAUUACUUUAGCGGGAUUAUUCGUGACUGCGUAUUUGCAAUACAGGCGUGGGGAUCAGUUGGAUCUUUGAUUGAGUCAUUUUUUUUUUUUGAUUGACCUCCUCCAGACCAGAGAGGAGGUCAAAUUGAAAUUGGAGUUACAAUUCAAUUUUGUUAAGUUAUUUUACUCUGCUUCGACAUAAAAUAGAUGGAAUCACGCUCUGUAGGAUUUGAACCUACGACAUCGGGUUUUGGAGACCCGCGUUCUACCGAACUGAACUAAGAGCGCUUUCAUUCAUUCAAAAAGAAAAUCUUUUUCUAUUCCUAAUGUAUCUCACGUACGUAUAGUCUCCACAAAUUCAAGUUAUACCCACUUUACUUUAAUUGAUCUCGUCGCUACUGCCUAUAAAGAAGAAAGAAGUAAUAGGUAGGGAUGACAGGAUUUGAACCUGUGACAUUUUGUACCCAAAACAAACGCGCUACCAAGCUGCGCUACAUCCCUUUUCCAAAUUAAAUUGUUGUACAAUGCCAUUGUACACAAUUCCUGUCUUCUUUUCCACAUCAUAAUUUUCUUCUUCUUUCUUUCUCUAUCUAUAUAUAGAACCCUCGUGUCAUUUCUUCUUUUUGGUCUCAUAUAAUUAAGGAAUUAUAUACAUAUAAAAUCCAAUAUAAUUUCGCCUAUAAAAGAAGGAUUACUUUUCCUUGGUAAUAUAUAGGAAGAAGGGGUCAUCUUUUUCUUUUUUAGGGAUAGGAAAAUUUCGUCGAUAUGGUUCAUUUUAUAUAUAGCAUAACAAUCUUGGGCAAGAGUUUAUGAUCAUAUAUGUAUUCCAACAAGGAAGGAGGAUUUUCAAUGCGGGAUAUAAAAACAUAUCUCUCUGUAGCACCCGUGCUAAGUACUCUAUGGUUUGGUGCUUUAGCAGGUUUAUUGAUAGAAAUUAAUCGUUUAUUCCCAGAUGCUUUGUCAUUCCCUUUUUUUUAAUUCUAGUUAUUGCUAUGGGAGGGAUAGAUUUCUUCGUGAUAUGACAAAAUUUGAUCCUUUUCAAUCUUUUUUUAGUAUCGGAAGGAAAAAGAAAGAAAAGAUGGAUUGGGUUGAACCUCAGAGUCAUUAAAAAUUUGGUAAACCCCAUUUUUGAAAAUAGAAAUUCAAUUUAAAGGGGUACCCAAGCUAAAUAAGGCCUCAGAAAUCAGAGCAUAGAAAAGGCGGGGCUGGCUAAUUAAAUGAAAGGAUUUCGAACCAAAAUCUUUGCUAAUUCGACAAGGAUUGUAUUCUUUAAUUAUUUCUCUAUUUUUUAUUACUUAAUUAAAGAAUAAAAAAAAAUUAUUCUAAUGAAUUUUAUUCUUCUUCUUCGGAUUCAAAAUAGAAGAAUAAAAGAAUAAGUAGAAGAAUUAAGUUAAGUCAAUCCAAAAAGAAAAGGAGGUUCAUGGCCAAGGGAAAAGAUGUUAGAAUCAGAGUUAUUUUGGAAUGCAUCAGUUGUGUUCGAAAAGGUGCCAAUGAGGAAUCGACGGGGAUUUCUAGAUAUAGUACUCAAAAGAAUCGCCACAAUACACCCGGACAAUUAGAAUUCAAAAAAUUUUGUCGUUAUUGUCGCAAGCAUACGACUCAUCACGAAAUAAAGAAAUAGGAACAUCGUGUGUUUGAUCUUUCCAAACAACAGAAAGAGUAAGAACUUCAUAUUUAAUAUAUAAAGAAAACAUAGUAUAGAAUACAAAAUACAAAUCAACUCAUCUGAUUUCCGGUAGAUAUUAUUUCAUAUGUAUAGAGGGUAUUCAUAUACUAUAAUAUGAAUCAAAUAAGAUAUGGAUCAAAGAAAAACUACUUCUUCUGGAUCCUAAAUUAAUAAAAUAAAGAAGUGAAUUUUCAAAUUUUCAAAUUUUAAAUAAGGAAUAAAUCAUGUAUACAUCUAAACAACCUUUUCUUAAAUCUAAGCAACCCUUUAGUAAAUCCAAGCAAACUUUUAAUAAAUCCAAGCAACCCUUUCGUAAAUCCAAGCAAACUUUUCGUAAAUUCAAGCAACCUUUUCGUAAAUCUAAACAACCUUUUCGUAGGCGUCCCCGGAUUGGCCCGGGAGAUCGAAUUGAUUAUAGAAACAUGAGUUUAAUUAAUAGAUUUAUUAGUGAACAAGGAAAAAUAUUAUCGAGACGAAUAAAUAGAUUAACCUUGAAACAACAACGAUUAAUUACUCUUGCUAUAAAACAGGCUCGUAUUUUAUCUUUCUUACCGUUUCGUAACUAUGAGAACGAAAAGCAAUUUCAAGCCCAGUCAAUUUCAAUAAUUACAGGUUCUAGACCCAGAAAAAAUAGACAUAUUCCUCAAUUAACGCAAAAGUACAAUUCCAAUCGAAACUUAAGAAACAACAACCAAAAUUUAAGAAACAACAACCGGAACUUAAGUUCCGAUUGUUGAUGUUUUAUUCGAAUUCGAAAGGGCCAGACCUAUAUAUAUUAUAAAGAAAGUAAUCCAGCUCGUUGAUUCCUACCACUUAAUCUUAAUUUAUUGUAUCUUCCCGGAGUUCCCUCUCCGGGAAUUCAUCUUUUAUUAUUCCAGUAUAUUACUUUAUUUAUACCUUUAAUUGAUGAUCUUUAUUUUAUUGGAAAUCGUGUAAAGAUUAUUUGGAUUU